CGAGUUUUCUUCCUCGCGCGAUCGAUUUAGGCUUUUUGUUUUUCGUCUGCGCGAGUUUCAUCGAGUUUGUGAAAGGCAAAAUGGGGAUCAGAUUCAUUCUGAUGGUGAACAAGCAGGGCCAAACCCGCCUCGCUCAGUAUUACGAAAAUCUUACCCUCGAGGAACGUCGAGCUCUUGAGGGUGAAAUCGUUCGCAAAUGCCUCGCUCGUAACGAACAACAGUGUUCCUUUGUCGAGCAUCGCAACUAUAAGAUUGUAUAUAGGCGAUAUGCAUCUCUAUUUUUCCUGGUUGGAGUUGACAACGAUGAAAAUGAACUCGCAAUUUUGGAAUUCAUUCACCUGUUGGUUGAAACCAUGGACCGCCAUUUCGGGAAUGUGUGCGAGCUAGAUAUAAUGUUUCAUCUUGAGAAAGCACAUUUCAUGCUGGAAGAGAUGGUGAUGAAUGGGUGUAUUGUAGAAACAAGCAAGUCAAACAUUUUAUCCCCAAUACAACUGAUGGAGAAAUCAUCAUGAAAAAUCUACGAAUUGUAAUGUUUGGUGCAAAAUCUUGGCUGUCCUUGUACUCCAUUAAAGCUAUCGACUUGAUGUUAAUGAAUUUAUUUGAUUGUGCUCUGUUCAGCCACUUGGUAAAAUGCAUGUGAUAGAUCUCAACAUCAAUCCAAGCCAAUUGAAGCUUAA